CGGCGGACCUGGCCUCUGAAGGGAUGGCAUGGGCGGAGAUUGCUGGCUUCUGGGCCCGACCGGGCCGGAGCUGGCUCCCCCGAGCCGGAGGCGGGGCGCGGGCUGGCUUCAGCCACAGUUACUGGUGACAGGUCGCCUGACUAGGCCCCUCCCCGGGCCCGCCCCCACAGGUUUGUCUUGUGACCGCGGGCGGCUGCCGCUUCUUUCCCGACAGCUUGGAACUUCGUUAGCCGCGAUGAGUUUCCUGGCCGCUACAUUCCUGCUCCUGGCGUUCAGCGCAGCCGCUCAGGCCGAACCAGUGCAGUUCAAGGACUGCGGUUCUGUGGAUGGAGUUAUAAAGGAAGUGAAUGUGAGCCCAUGCCCCACUCAGCCCUGCCAACUGAGCAAAGGACAGUCGUACAGUGUCAAUGUCACCUUCACCAGCAAUAUUCAAUCUAAAAGCAGCAAGGCCGUGGUGCAUGGCAUCCUGAUGGGCGUCCCAGUUCCCUUUCCCAUUCCUGAGUCUGAUGGCUGUAAGAGUGGCAUUAACUGCCCCAUCCAAAAAGACAAGACCUAUAGCUACCUGAAUAAACUACCAGUGAAAAGUGAAUAUCCCUCUAUAAAACUGGUGGUGGAGUGGCAACUUCAGGAUGAUAGAAACCAAAGUCUUUUCUGCUGGGAAAUCCCAGUACAGAUCGUUACUCAUCAAGUGCCUCAUUGAGUUCAGUGCAUCUGGCCAACGAGUCUCCUGACUCUUGACAGCACCUCCAGCUCUGCUGCUUCAACAACAGUGACUUGCUCUCCAAUGGUAUCCAGUGAUUCGUUGAAGAGGAGGUGCUCUGUGGGAGAAACUAAGCUCUGGAUGGCUGGUUGUCAGUGGCUGUCUUAUGUUUCUUUUUCUAUCUUAGGUGGUUUUCCUUAAAUGCAGCACUUGGUUAACAGAUGUUUAAUUUUUUUUUUUUUAACAUAUGUCCUCUUUCUACACCUGGAAGUGUACCCUUGAAUAAAUAAAAACUCAUUUGUCUUGUUUUCUGCA